CUCUCUCUCUCUGUCUCUUUCACUCACUCUCUUUCUCUCUCUCUCUCACACACACACACACGCACAUAGCAGGAAAAUGGCAGAAGCCAGUAUCUCAGUAGAUCAAGAUCAGUUCAUUUGUCCAGUGUGCCUGCAUCUUCUAAAGGAUCCAGUGACCACUCCUUGUGGUCACAGUUACUGUAAGGAGUGUAUUAAUGGCUACUGGGAUCGUGAGGAUGUUAAGAAAGUCUAUAGCUGCCCCCAGUGUAGAGAGACGUUCACUCCAAGGCCUGUCCUACGCAGGAACAACAUGCUGGCUGAAGUAGUAGAGAAACUGAAGGAGACUGAACUCCAGGCUGCUUUUCCUGCUCAUUGUUACGCUGGACCUGGAGAUGUGGAGUGUGGUUCCUGCACCGGGAGAAAACGCAAAGCCAUUAAUUCCUGUCUGGAGUGUCAGGCCUCCUAUUGUGGAGAUCAUCUUAAACCUCACUAUCAGUCUCCAGCAUUUAAGAAGCACAAGUUACUGAAAGUCUUUGCAGAGCCCCAAGAAAAGAUCUGCUCUCAGCAUGACAAACCGAUUGAGAUCUACUGUCGUACUGACCAAAGCUUCAUCUGUUACUUGUGCACGAUGGAUGAUCAUAAAGCUCAUGAUACUGUUGCAGCAAAAAAAGAAAGAACUCAAAAGCAGAAUGAUCUAAAGGAGGAGCAGAUGAAAUACAAACAGAGGAUCCAGGAAAAUCAGAGUAAGGUGCAGGAGCUGAAACAGACUGUAGACACUAUUAAGAUGUGUUCACAGGCAGCAGUAGAUGAAAGUGAGAGGAUCUUUAUUGAGCUGAUCAGCUCCAUGGAGAAUAAGCGUUCAGAGGUGAAAGGGCUGAUCAGAGCUCAAGAGGAAGCUAAAAUGAGUCAAGCUAAACUACUCCUGGAGCAACUGGAGCAGGAGAUCGCUGAUCUCAAGAGAAGAGUCACUGAGCUGGAGCAGCUUUCACACACAAACAAUCACAUCCACUUCCUCCAGACUUUCCAGUCUCUCCGUGUUUCUCCUGGACAUGAGGACUCACCCAGCUUCACUGUUAAUCAGCCUCUCUCAUUUGAUGGCGUAAGGAAAUCUCUCUCUGAUCUGAAAAAACAAGUCGAGGAAAUCUGUGAGCAGGAAUUCAACAAAAUCCAUCCACAUGAUUUCUUUUACCUGACUCUGGAUCCCAACACAGCACAUCAUGAACUUGUUUUAUCUGAGAAGAACAGAGCAGUGGCUCUUACUGAAACAAAUCAGCGGUACUCUGAUCAUCCAGAGAGAUUUGACUACUGGACUCAGGUGUUGUGUAAGGAGAGCGUGUGUGGACGCUAUUACUGGGAGGUAGAGUGGAGCGGUGGUGGUGUGGAAAUAUCAGUCUCGUACAAAAAGAUCAUGAGGAAAGGAGAGAGUUAUGAGUGUGCUUUUGGAUGCAAUAGUCAGUCCUGGAGUCUGCAGUGUUCUUCUUCCUCUGUCUUUUAUUGGCACAACAACAUUCAGACUGAGCUACAAGGUCCAGCAUCCUCCAGAAUAGGAGUGUAUGUGGAUCACAAAGCAGGAACUUUGUCCUUCUACAGCAUCUCCAACACGAUGAGGCUCCUUCAUAGAGUCCACACCACAUUCACUCAGCCUCUAUAUGCUGGGUUCAGGAUGUGGAGUUGUAACUCAACUGUGAGGUUAUGUAAUAAAAAGUGAAAUGUUGGUAAAAGUCUUCAGUAAAAUUAUAACUGUG